GUGAAGAAAGACAAAGAUGGUAAUUUGUCUUGUUCUUGUUGGUUGUUUGAGAUGAAAGGAAUAUUGUGUAGUUAUGUUAUUAAGGUUCUUAAAGAUGAAAUGAUCAUAAUGGAAAUUCCAAGCCAAUAUGUCCUGAAAAGGUGGACCAAAUUAGCAAGAGCUGAAAUUGUCCAAGAUUACAAAGGGCGCGAAAUUCAAGCUGACCCUAAGUUGGAACAGAGCAGUAGAUACAAGUCAUUGUGCUCUCUCUUUACUAUGAUUUCAUCCCAGGCAUCUGAAUUGGAAGAAACAUAUGAAGAUUAUGUUCAGGAAGGGAAAAAAUUGCUUGCAUUUGUUCAAAAUAAGUUGCGUAUACGUAUCACCAAUGGACUACUAAACUUAAAUGAUGCUAGCUCUACAAUGAGAACGAAUGAGGGCAGUGAAAAUGUCAUUCAAGUGAAGGGAUUGAAGAAAAGGAUUGACCCCAUUCGUGGAAGGCGACGGAUUAGAAGUACCUUGGAAAAGGCAUUGGAGACUUCAAGAAAGAAAAAACAACGCGUUCAGGAUGUACAAGCUUCUUCAAAUAUGCUCCCAUAUAUGAUGCCACCAUAUGUUCAAGUACCAACUUCAAUGCAAGUAAUACUUAUUUUUUUGUGUUCUUAUCUUUACAUUUUUAAAUUUAUUCGAGUUCUUUUCAAGAAAUUUCAAUUUCUAGGAUGUACAUAUAUCUUCAAAUAUGCUCCCACAUAUGAGGCAACCAUUAGCUGAAGUACCAAAUUCAAUGCCUUGGACAUGGAAUGGAGAGUCUCAAUAUGCCAACUUCUGAGCCCUACUUCAAGGAUCUACAUUGCUUAACUCAUCACAAUGCUCGACUAGCACACAUUACAAUCAAGUAUUUAACAUGAAUUAUUGUGGAUAUCCUUCAAUUCUAUGCUUUGAACUGAUUCUGAUUAAGUUUUUUACUUCAUAGGUUCCCAAUCUAAACAUUAUUCGGAAUUCCUCAACACCAAUAUAUCCAGAAAUUCUUGGAGACCGAUGAAGAUUGUUGCGAGUGAAAGAUUUUUGUUAACAUUAAAUUUGGGAAUGUUUAUUGUGAACAUUAAAUUUGGGAAUGUUUAUUGUAAAUUUGGAUUGUGAAUAUUUCUAUUACUAUACGGUCCAUUGAAUCGUAGAAGUGAUUUUUUUUUUGUACGAAAUUUUAUUUUUGGGACAAUGAAGAAUAUCUCGCAAGAGUUGAUUUUGUAGAUAUUGUUGUUGAUAAGCAUAUUUGAUGAGGUGGGUAUGAGAUUGUUUACAAGGACGUAUUG